GUCAAAACAAAAAUGGAAGACGUGGCAGAUGUAAACAUUGGCCGGGUAAGAGAGAAUUUGUCCAUCUGGGAGGACGACAAGACCCCCUUGGCACCGCUGACCUCACAGGAGAGGGACACAAUCAUCGAGCUGACCUCCGUGUCCGGCUGGCGACCUUUACCCCCCAGUUUGACCUCGGAAGAGACGAGAAGCGAUGGCGGGAGGGAGGCAGGGGGAGGAACCAAGAGGGGCUCGGAAUAUCCUCUUGACAGCUCCAAGAGGGAUUCUCUGUCGGAACAUCACCUCUCGGACAGCUUGGCGAGGCUCAAAUUGGGAGAGGUGAAGAUAGAGUCGAGUCAGCAGUUUUUAACAUGGUUUGCUGGAGUAGAAUCUGAGAUGUGUGAAGAACAAGAUGGGCCAUAUCGAGACUAUGUCAGUCAGUUGGUCAGCCACCGCUCAGAGUGUCAGACGCUCCUUGCUCAGCUGGACGAAGCACUCAACAACUUACAACAUUUAUCAGGACAGUAUACUAGUGUCUCCAACAAGACAAGUGCACUUCACACUGAUUGUGAGCACCUCUUAGCUGAACAGACGCGACUCACAAACAAGGCAGACACCAUUGAGAGCAAGCUAGCAUACUUCAAGGAAGUCGACCGAAUAAGCCAGAAGCUAAGCUCGCCAGCGUUCCAGGUCACGAGUGAUGGUUUCAUCCCCCUGCUGGCAAAGAUUGACGAGUGCAUCAGCUACAUGAAUACUAACCCAACAUUCCAAGAGUCCGCACUCUACCUAGCAAAAUACAAGCAUUGCCUGAGUCGAGCACUAGGCAUGGUGAAACUAUAUGUGACCAAGUCCCUAGAGAGUGCAACCCAGCAAGUGCUACCCAAACCUGGCAAUGAAAAGCCAUCAAGUGACAAUGCAGCCGUGCUCUAUUACGGCAAGUUCAGGACUAAUGCACCGCGCAUAAAGACCCUCAUGGCUGAGAUAGAAGACCGGGUAGAAAAUAGCCCUGAGUACCUGAACCUCCUCAGUGACUGCCAUCAGUGUUAUUUUGCGCAGCGUCAGACAUUGAUGGGCCCUUGUGUGGCCGACGCAGUGACUGAGCUGUCACAGAAAUACCAGCGUGAUUACUGCUCACUAGUGCGAAGCGGCUGUGCAUUCCUUGUGCAUGUAUGUGAGGAUGAAUACAACCUCUUUCAUCAGUUCUUCACAGCGGCCACCUCAGACCUGGAUGCUUUCCUGCUGGGAUUGUGUACGGGAUUGUACGACGUUCUGCGGCCCCUCAUCAUACACAUAGACCAUCUUGAAACACUGUCCGAACUCUGUAAUAUCCUGCAGAGAGGGAUGAUCGAGGAACACCUGCAGAAUAAUCCCACACAGUUAGCCCCGCUCACCUCCGUGGUCAACCAGAUGCUGGAGGACACACAGGAACGCCUAGUCUAUCGUGCGCACAUCUACAUUAAUGUGGACAUUGCUGGCUUCCGUCCAUCGCCAGGAGACCUUGCAUACCCAAGCAAGCUGCAGAUGAUGGAGAGCAUUGCAGAGAAUUUAGCCAGCCAGCGGAAGAUGCACUCGCGCAACGCCUCUGUCUCCUCCAUAUCAUCUACAAGAUCAGCCACAAGUGAAGAGGUUGCAAACAUCACUGGAGCGGCAGACGAGAGGUUCUCCCGUGUGGGUACUUCUCCAGCUGAUCUCCAUGGUAUGUGGUACCCAACUGUACGGAGAACGCUUAUGUGCCUUUUCAAGCUAUACCGGUGUGUGGACAGAAGUAUUUUCCAGGGUGUAUCACUAGAAGCCCUCACAGCAUGCAUGCAGAGUCUCAGCUCAGCCUCAGCGAUCAUCAGCAAGACAUCCUCGCCACUAGACGGUCAGCUGUUUGAAAUUAAACAUCUCCUCAUCCUUAGGGAACAAAUGGCUCCUUUCCAGGUUGAUGCCUGCUUACACGAGACCAGCCUAGACUGGAGCAAAGUGCGAAAUGCAGCAUUCAGCCUGGUUCAGAAAAGAGACCGCCUCUUCUCCCUCUCAUCCAAUAAUGCACUGCUGGAGUUUAUUGUCAAGGGUAGUCUUCAGGUCACUGAGCAGAGACUCGACUCGAAGAGAGACCUAGACAACAGAUUGAAGAAGCUGUGUGAGCUUCUAAUCCUGACCUGUACAGAGUCCCUGACAGGGCCAUUGUCCAUCUUCCUAACCAAGGCAGAGGUCAUCCUCCAGAUGAACAAGGAGGAGAGUGUCAAGCCCAUUUCCCUCAAGAACCAGCCAUUUGCAUCUGCUGAGAAGGUAGCGGAUGUGGUGAGCAGCAGCCAGAAAAACAUCCGCACACAUCUGCCUGGCAUCCAGCGCAGUAUGCAGCUAUACCUGGCCAACCGCGACACAGAGUUCAUCCUGUUCAAACCCAUCCGAGCAAAUGUCCUGAGCGCUUUCUCCAAAGUGCAGAACAUGGUGACAGAGAACUACAAUGAGGAUGACCGCAUCAUUAUUGCCUGCCCGUCGCAAGAGGAGGUGUCGGCACUGCUCUCCUCUCUCUUCAAGAGCUAGUGGAUGCCCUCUUCUGCCCUCCACCCUCUAGGAAAACAUUUUGUAAAUAAUAGAAGUAUAUGCAGUUGAAAGAUAGGAGAGGUGGUGUUUAUAUGUCUUAGGCUGUUUUUUGCAAUAUCUAUGCAAGUGAGAUCAAGCUUUCAGGAUUUUUUCUUUCACUUUGUUUUUACCUUAUUCUUCAUUAUAUUUUUUUCACUUGUGUUUUAUAGGCAAUUUUCCAUAGUGAGGAACCAGGUAUAUUAUUCAUUUAUUGUUAUACACGUUGUUGUACAUGCAAAGAUUGUAUGUUUAAAAUGGCCAAAGUUUCGCUUCUAUUUAUUUGAAAGAGUUGAUACUUAUUUCUGUGAUUUAAGGUGGAAUUUAAUUCAUAAUGGCAUUUGAGAGUGUUCUGUUAAACUUUUUGAAACUUAGGUAUUUAUUUAUUGUUAUUUUCUUUUUUAUGUGUAUAUUCCCAUAAUGAUUACAGAAUACUGUAAACAUUCAGUAAGGAGAAAUUGUUCCAUUUUUAAAUUAUAGGGGAAAGAAAUCAAUAAAACUGACACUAAAAUUAUAAAAAAUUCUUUAAAAUAUAUAUAUUACAUCCAUAUUGUGCCUCUUCACCAAUGCAAUAAUAACCAAAAAUCUUUGAUUAAACAUUUUACAAACUUUAAUUCUGAUGUCUCUUUUCACAUAUACUGAAAAAAAAUUCAGAAUACUGGUGAUUCUAAUGUCUGAUUUGUCUACAGAUUAAAUGGCACUUUUUCUUCUCAUUUUUUCUUUCUUGCCCUUUAAAAAAAAAAAAAAAAUUCAGCAUUUACGACAGGGAAGAAAAAACAAGCUGCAA